CAACCAGUGGGCACCUGGAGGAACAGACACCUCGGACUCUGCUGAAUAACAUCUUACUAACUGCCCCAGAAUCUUCCAUCCUGAUGCCGGAGUCAGUGGCAAAGCCAGUGCCAGAGGCACAAGUAGCCCAGCCUUCUAGACGGAAAAGCAGUCAAGGCAGCCUGGAAUUGCAACUUCCUGAGCCUGAGCCCCCUGCACCCCUGCCUCAAGGUUUGCUGGCCCCUGGCAAGAGGAAGCAGAGGCUGAGACUAUAUGUAUUUCAGCAGGGAGUGGACGAGGGCCUGCCUCUCUCCCACGAGCCUCGUGGGAAUCCUGAUGCCUCAUCCCUUGCCAGCUCCCUCAACCUGACCUUUGCCACACCUCUCCAGCCACAGUCAGUGCACAGGCCUGGUUUGGCUCGCAGACCUCCCACUCACCGAUCUGUAGAUGUGGCUGCCUUUUUGCAGGAUCUGCGUGACACUAACUUGGCUCCUCCAAACAUUGUGUUGGAGGACACCCAGCCCUUCUCCCAGCCUUUGGCUGGCUGCUCCCCCAGUAUGCACGGCUCCCAACCCCUCCCCUCUCACACGGGGGCUGAAGAUACCGAGCGGGUUGCCAGUCCCAGGACAUGGAGCAGUGGGUCUAGGCUGCAGAACAGCAGCCCUGAGAAACCAGCUCAGUUUCUGGCAAGAAAGGCAAAGGAGGUCAAUGCCCUUGCUCUGGGCUUCCCGAACACCAGCAAUAGUAUCUCUGGAGAUGCAGUAGAGCCCUUACAGGAUGGAGUUGGUGAGGAGGCAGAGAAAAAGAUGGAAGAAGAAGAAGGCUUAAGCAUGAGUGAAGUGAAGGAAACAACAGGAUCACAAGGACCUUUCAGGGCAGAACAGCCUGGAGGACACACAGAGGUGACAGAAUCAGAGGGAUUCCAGGGGGCUGUUGAGACUGAGGAGCCAGAAGAAUCUAAAGGGGAUGAGGACAUCUCUGGUAGGACAGCAUGUCCAGAGUUGGCCUCCAACACCCCAGCGUUUCUCCAGACCAAGCAACGUCAUCAGUUUCUUGAGCUAGCCCCCCCACCGGGUGCUACAGUUUUACCUUCAGAGCCUAUGGAGCCUCAGUUGGCCAGACAUCCCCCUAGGCCCCGAACCACUGGCCCCAGACCCCGUCAAGAUCCCUAUAAGACUGGACUGAGCCACUACACGAAACUCUUCAGCUUCUGUGCUAAGAUGCCCAUGGAGAAGAAGUCUCUUGAGAUAGUAGAGAAGUGCCUAGAUAAGUUUUUCCAGCAUCUGUGCGAUGAUCUGGAGGUAUUUGCUGCCCAUGCUGGCCGCAGGACUGUAAAACCAGAGGACCUGGAACUGCUGAUGCGACGGCAGGGCCUGGUCACUGAUCAAGUCUCACUGCACGUGCUUGUGGAGCAGCAUCUGCCCCUGGAGUAUAGGCAGCUGCUCAUCCCUUGUGCAUUCAGUGGCAACUCUGUCUUCCCUGCCCAGUAG